AUGCUAAGCAACCUCCAGUACUCAACACUCUCCGGCACGAGCACCGCCCGUGACUUCCUCGAGUUCCCAUCGCAGAUCAACGAUCACUGGGCGAUGUACGAUGCCGUGCUGAAGAACUACGCGCUUCACUACGAGACCAAGGAGCCGAUCCCGCAGGCGCUGGUGGACCGCAUGAAGGCGGCCGAGACGUACGGUGCCGGCCUCCAUACCAUCGAGGUGGACAAGGCGGCGUACCUCGAUCUCCACUGGCAUCGUGCCACGGAGGAGGCGGCAAUGAGGGCCUUUGGAGUUGGGAUGACCGAGGUGCCGCCGCGCUACCACAGUGGGUACUUCCUGCACAUUGUCGCUGGCGGGUACGCCUCGAACUACUACGUGUACGAGUGGGCGCGGGUGUUGGACUGCGACGGGCUCGAGUGGUUCCUGGAGAGCGGUGGGCUGACGCGCGAGAACGGAGAUCACCUGCGCGCGCGCGUGCUCUCUGUGGGCAACUCGGUGGACGCCAACGUUGCGUACGAGAAGUUCGCUGGCCGCAAGGCCAACAUGAAGGCGUUCCUGCGCAUCAACGGUCUGCUGGGCGAGUAG